AUGAGUGAUAUUUAUGAAGAUGACGAAAUUGCUUCAAAUUGGUUGGAUCUACUUCCCUAUCAUCCAAUCUUUAAGUCCGAUCAGUUAACGGACAAAUUUCUAGCACUAAACUUAGAUGAUCCAUAUAGGAAACAAUCAUUAAUGGCUUUAAUAGAUAAUAAACACCUUGUAGUAGCUAUUGGUUCUGAAUUAAGAAUGUUAGAUUUAGCUGACUUUAAGAAUGCAUGGUCAAAAGCACAUUUCGAAGAUGAAUUAGCCUUAAAUGACCUUUUUAAUGAUGGAGUUAUACCAGAAUGGAUAAAUAAUACCAAAUAUGUUGUACUUGAUACACCAUCUAUUAAAUUUGUAAUUCGAUCAAUUACUUUUAAUUUCGAAGAUAUUGGUUCAUUAAUUGCUGUGACUGGUGAUUACCAAGUGGCAGUGGUAGUCAUUACAAGACCUCGUUAUGAAACUAAAAAUGGAAAAUCUAAAGUUUUAUGGCAUCCUUUAAGUUAUAAUGGAUCUCACUUAAUGGUUUUAACUGAAGAUAUGAUUUUAAGAAUGUAUGAUGUUUUUCAAAACCUCAGUGAACCAGAACAACAAUUUUUUUUUUCUCAGAAUUCAAAUCAAGAUCAAGAUGUUUCAUUUAGUACUGAAGAUACCAAAGCAAUUUCAUUUUGUUUUGGUCAAAGUCAAGAAGGUUGGGGUAAACUUGUGGUCUAUGUUUUAUUAGAUAAUGGUGAUGUUUAUUCAAUGUGUCCUAUUAUACCUCAAAAAUGCGUAUUUCACAAAUUUUUUUUGGAUCAACUUGCAUAUAUUGUACAAAAAAAAUUUGAAGAAACUGAAAGAAUAUCAAUAUCAAAAGAAUCCAAUUAUCACAGUUUACUUAAUCAAUAUCGACAACAACUUGAUUGGGUGUCAUCUAUUUAUAAACAAAUUACUACAGAUUCAGAUAAGGUCAUAUAUAAUAAUCCAUUAUCUACCAGAAGAAAAAAACCGAAAUUACAAGGUCCAUAUUUGAUACAACCAGAACCAGUAGAAUUGUCAACACAUCCAACUGAUGCUAGCGAUAUACUUUGUUUGGCGACAGAACCACUCAGCGUAAUCGUGAUAGCACAUAAUAAUGGACGAGUUGACAUUUGUUUGGAAGUUGAUAAAGUUGAAGCAUUGUGGCAGGAUUCUGUGGAAAUAGAUCAUCCAAUAUUAAUAUUAUAUGAGUGUAUUGAUUUAGGGUUCACAAAAGAUUUCGUUAUUCCAACUUCAUGGCGUAGUCAACGAAUAACAAAUUCAAUGAAUCAUCCUUCUUUACUUAAUGAUCCUGUAUACCCGGACAUAUUUUAUGUCUAUCAUUUUGCAGGUGCUCAUGGUAUUAUUCUUAAAGGAUGGUUAAAUGAUUUAGGAAAUGCAAUGAAAGAUGUUGAUGAUGAAAAGUUACUAGAAACAUUUUUAGAAAAGAAGAAAAGAUCUGAUGUUAACUGGAUUGCUAGUUCACUUCCGAGUGAUCCAGAUCCUCUCGUUGGAAUGAUAGUAAUAAGUAAUGAAGCUGAAUUAUCCUAUUCAAUCUUAUUACUUACUUCCUCUCUUCGACUUGUUUGUCACGAGCUGGCCAUAAGAAAGUCAUUGGUGUCUAAUAAUGGAAUUCGAAUGAACGAUAUAUAUUAUUCAAAUAAAUCAUCUUAUAAACCGUUAGAUCCUAAUUUUUUGGAAAAGGUUAUGAAUCAUCAUGGUCUUUCACAUCAACCAAUACUUAUGUUUAAUCAAAAUAAGGUUGGAUCUUCCACUGGAUCCUCCACAAUUGGUGAGGUUGAUUAUAAAUGUCUUUCUACUAUAUUGGAUCUUAUUGAACGGGAAGGAAAUGAAUAUUGGUUAGAAACAGAUGAGAUAAGUCGAAGAUUUAAACAACAAACAACCGAAUUUCAACAUCAAAUCCAAGAAAUUUAUAAACUUAAAAAGAAUUUAGAUGAAUUUAGAUUUAAUCGAUUUCCAGAAAUUUCUAGUCGUAUGCAAAGAUUAAAGGAAAGGCAAAGUAAACUUGAAAGUAGAGCUUAUACUUACAUUCAAAAAUUAUUGUAUUUGGGUGAUCCAAUAAGAGGCGAAUUUGAGAAAUCAUAUUGUCAAACAUUGGCGAGAAUAAAUCAAGAAAUUGAAGGAGAGAAUGGAUUGAAAUUGGAUGCAUAUCACAAAACUCUUAAAGAUGAUUAUCACCUUCUUUCUCCUCGAAAUCCUUCAAAAAAAUCAAGGAAAUUUGUUUUUCUUAGUGGAAGUCAAUUACAUAAAGUUGAAGAAGCUUUAGCUAAAGAAAUGGACCUUAUUGAUGAAACAAACCGCAAAAUGGGAGAGGCUAAUAAUAAAAUAAAUAAAAUUCAAAAGAGAACUUCAUUUAUUAAGAAUGAUUUAAAUUCAUUUCAACUUGAACACCUUGAACAUAGUUUAAGUACAAAUAAGAAUAAAAAGCUCUCGAACUAA